AUGCCCUCUCCACCGUCCGAUCCUCCAUCCACACCCGAUCUGAGCUCUCCGACCCCCUCCGCUCCCCUCCGCUCCAUCACCGCCCUCAGUCUCCAGCUCUUCAACCUCCACGCCACCUCCGAGCUCCUCCACCACACCCUCCGCUUCUCCAAGAAGCUCCUCGACCUCGCCGCCGACCCCGAGAAGAUCGAUCUCGCCAAGGCCGCCCAGCUGCAUUGGGCGGCAGAGAAAAUGGCUGCUGUGAGAGUGAGACCACAAGGCUCGUGUUCGAUGGUCUUAUCGGAGCCAUUACACUGCUGCUACAAGUUCAGAGGUGGUGCUACAACGACGCCUUGCUCAGUUUCUUUUGCUUCAAAGUUUCAAUCUUUAUGUUGCAAAUCACAGUUGCUGGGGAAAUCGAAUUCCAGAGGUGGGUUUUCCCGGAUUGAUGUUGUUUCGGGCGGUGAGCUGAUCAAGAGGUUCGAUGAGAAUGGGAAUUGCGAGGAUGCGAUAGUGGUUUAUGUUAAAAUGCUUCAACUUGGUUUGCCUGAAGCUGAGGAAUUUCAGUUCUUUCCGAUUUUGAUUAAGGCCUUUGGGGGGUUCUGUGAUGUGGGCAAGGCUAGGGAGAUUCAUGGGCAUGUGUUGAAAUUGGGGGUUUUGGGCGAUGUUUACGAUGCCAAUUCGAUUUUGGGGGUUUAUUGGAAAUGUGGGGAGGUUGAGGAUGCGGUUCAGAUGUUUGAGAAAAUGCCCGAGAGGGAUUUGGUGUCUUGGAAUACAAUGAUAUCUGGGUUUUGCCAUUCAGGGGAUUAUCAACUGCUGCGCUGCAUUUGGGAGGUGCAAACUCUUCUACAACAACUGCUGUAUGAAGAUUUGGAUGCUGCAAACUAUUGGUGCUAA